CAUAAAAACAAUCUCCCGUCCGGAGAUCUCAACCCGCGUCAAAAUUGCAUCGCCCACCAAGCACCAAAUUCUCUACACUCUUCCUCCUUCCCGUCAACGGAGAUCUCGCCGGUGCUCGGAUUGACUGCGAUUCGAUCCGCCUCACUUCUUCUAUGUGAAGAGAUGGUAAGUGGGUUCGGGGAAUCAAUGAGUAGGUCGUCCCAAGGGCCUUCAUUCUCCGGCAGUAGCAAUAACAACAGUGACGCUGGUGACUUCGAAUGCAAUAUCUGCUUUGACUUGGCCCAAGACCCAAUUGUGACCCUAUGCGGCCAUCUCUUCUGCUGGCCUUGCCUUUAUAAGUGGCUCCACAUUCACUCCCACUCUCAGGAAUGCCCUGUUUGCAAAGCGCUCAUAAAGGAGGAGAGUUUGGUUCCCUUAUACGGAAGGGGGAAGACAUCAACCGACCCAAGAUCGAAGUCAAUUCCUGGUAUUAAUAUCCCAAACCGUCCAGCAGGACAAAGACCUGAAACUGCCCCUCCACCAGAACAGAACCAUUUUGCCCCCCGUGGAUUUGGGUUCAUGGGAGGGAUGGGAGGUUUGGGCGGGUUUGCACCAGUUGCAACCACAAGGUUUGGGAAUUUCACAUUUUCUGCAGCCAUUGGUGGCUUUAUCCCGUCGCUAUUCAAUUUUCCGCUACAUGGGUUUCCUGAGGCCGCCAUGUUCAGUGCAAGUGCUGGAUUACCUCAUGGGUUCUCAAAUACAUUUCAUGGCGGACAUGCAAAUAGGCACCAUCUGCACAGGGGUACAGGUCAGGGACAGCAAGAUCAUAGACUGAAGGUGUUGUGUAUGAUUGUUAUUAUUUCAGUAUUUCUUGCUCUCGCUUGGCAGUAGUUUGAAUGUCAAUCUCAAGUUGCUAUAUCGGUAUUUGGGUGUGCUCAGCCUCUUGGUUGUAUAUCUGCUAGUUCAUCUUUUUUGUUCUGAUCAGGGUAAGUGUUCAUAUUUUACUAUUGUCUGAAAUGCUGUAGAUUUUGCCUGGUUGUCACAGCAUGGCGAUUGUCGUUAACAUUAUCGUGGUAACUGUGUUUUCGAGAUUCUCUCCAUACAACGUAUUGCUCGUUUUAAGUACUGGAUUAUUAGCGAACUUUACAUUCAAUGAAUGACCAAGCUUUGUAUUUUUCAA